ACGACAAAUUUUGAGUAUCGAUAGCUAUCAUGCCUAUCGUAGGUGAAAAUUAUCGGACACUUUUUCUGUCAUUUCUUCACCGGCGAACAAUUUCGCGAAGAACUGCAAAAUGGAUAAUAAUUUCCGAUUUCCUUCCCUUACGGAAGAGGAUCUUGCUUCCAUUGUGGAUGACAAGGAUUCCACGCGGACAAAAGGAGUAAUAAGCUACUCUUUGAACAUCGUGAGGUCGUAUUGUAGGCAGAAAGAAGUGGAUUUUGCAGUACUAACUGAGCGAUGCAGUGCCCCAGAACUGAACGAUUUUCUACGGUCUUUCUACGCCGAGCUCCGCCAAGGUAACGGGGAGUCUUAUGCGAAGAGGUCGAUGAUCACUCUUCGGUACGGUUUGCAGCGUCACUUUUUGAAGCACCGUCAAUUCGAUAUCUGUAAAGAUGCUGCAUUCGAUGGAUGUAACGAAAUGUUCAAAGCCAUACUCCACAAAUUGAAGGCUGAGGGAAAAGGUGCAAUUCGACAUAAGGACCCGGUUACACCUGAGGACAUGAAUAAAAUCAGGGAGUCUUUUGACCUGACCGUACCAAAGGAUUUGCAGAAUAAGGUGUUCUUAGACCUCAUGUUGCAUCUCUGCAACCGGGGCAGGGAGAAUCUUCGACAAAUGAAGAAAGAUGAUUUCGCUGUACAGACAGAUUCAGCUAAUCAACGAUAUGUCCAUGUUGUUCGAGAUAUGAUUACCAAGAACCAUCGCGGCGAACUUAAUCACGAUGAAGAAAGCCAGGGUGGACGGAUGUAUGCAACUGGUAAGUCUGACUGCCCUGUAAACUCGUUUCUUGAAUAUCUCUCUCACCUGAAUGAAAACUGUGAUGCACUAUGGCAGCGACCAAAGGCAAGAAGGCCUGCUCAGUCAGCUAGCCCUUGGUAUGACAAUGUACCUGUGGGUUUACAUACACUUGGAAACAAGAUGUCAGUGAUAUCGAAACAAGCACAAUGCUCGAAAGUGUACACCAAUCACUGCCUCCGUGCCACGGCCAUCAACAAACUUGAUAAUGCUGGCUUUGAAGCUCGCCACAUAAUGGCAAUUUCUGGCCAUCGCUCCGAGAACAGCAUCAAACAUUACUCAAGAGUUGGAGAGAGUCAAAAGAGGAGAAUGAGUUUAACCAUCGCCAGUAACAAUGAAGAGAUAGCAACAUGUUCUUCAACCUCUGACUCUGCCAGAGAGGUACUUAGAUCUUCUAAGUUUGUCAGGUUCUCUAGCACUGCCACUACUAGCAACGUUCCUCGAUCGCCUUCACCACCACAGGAACAUGCACAGUCAUCACAACUUGUGGUAAACAGUCAGCCGACUUCCUCCCCUAUCAAUAUCAACUCUUCAGUUUCUUCUAGAAUGCACCUCCACUUCAACAAUUGUAAGGUCAAAAUUGUAUGUAAUCAAAAAUAACUAACUUUCAACAUACUUACUAGACUAGGUCUAGGCCUAAACUGUCUAAGUUAGACCAAGACUUGUGUAAAUAUUUCUGUCAUUCUAAACUUUUGGAUUGGAAUCUAUGGAUCUAGACUGUCUAUUUGGAGUUCAUUAUUUUGGAGUUCAUUGUUUGGAGUUAGCCUAAUUGUUUGGAGUUCAUUCAACUGGCCUAGGAGUUCAUCGACUGUUUGGAGUUCAUUUGUUGCUACAUGUAAUUAGGAGUUCAUCGUGUUCAAUUGGAAUUUCACAAAUAUAAGGUAAGAAGAACGUAUGCCAUCUAGAUCUAGACUAUGGUAAAAUCCAUGAUGGGGGGCUUAGAUUGAGGGAUCUAUUUACUAUAAUAAAUAGUGA